GCGCAAGGGAGCUGAGCAGAUCACUGCUCCCUCGGCGCCUGCACACCGGCUGCUCAGCAGCCCCACUGGACCCCAGGGACUGCUCGCCAGCCGCCCAGCACAUCCACUGGACCACAGGAACUCCAUGCCAGCACUCCUAAAGGUAGGGGGGCUGGAUGGAGUAAAAUGUAAAAAGAAAAAAUUGUCUGUUAGGGAGUUUGUAUGUGUUUUUGUUUCCGUCAAAGUGUAUAUGUGUGUUUAUCAGUGAGAGUGAAUAUGUGCUUGUCAGUGAGUGUGUGAGUGUAUGUGUUUGUCAGUGAGAAUGUAUCUGUUCUUGUCAGUAAGAGUGUAUAUGUGUUUGUCAGUAAGUGUAUGUGUGUCAGUGUGUGUGUGCCAGUGUAUAUCAGUGUGUUUGUAUGUGACUGUGUGUAUAUGUCACUGUGUGUAUCUGAGUGUGUAUUUUUGAGUCAUGAUGUGUGUGUAUCUGUGUGCCACUAUGUGCCAGUGUGUGUAUGUAUCUGAUACAGAGAUAUACAAACACACCUUGGCACAUACAAACACAGAUACACACACCUUGACACACAGAUACAGAUGGAUGCACACUGUGUGUCAAGGUGUGUGUAUCUGUGAGCCACUAUCUGUCAGUGUGUGUAUCUGUGUGCCAGAUUCAUACACACUUGCACAUACAAACACAGAUACACACUGUGUGUCAAGGUGUAUCUGUGUGUCAGUGUGUGUAUCUGUGUGCCACUAUGUGCCAGUGUGUGUGUGUAUCUGUGUGUCAUACACACACAAAGAUACACACACUGGCACAUACAAGCACAGAUAUACACACCCUGGCACAUACAAAAAAUGGUGCAAUUGUUAAUUAUUUUCUGGGGGGGCAGGGGGGCUUCCACGAUGUUGAUACACUAUGUCAAAGGGUUCCACAGUAAAAAUUAAUUGGGAACCCCUUAGUAAAAGUUUACUUAAAGCAAUAGUUUGAAGUUAGUUAGCAAUGUUUAAAUCAAAAUAGUGGAGACAAAGAAAAAUUACAACUCCGUUUUCUCCUCCACUAGUAAAUAUUAGAUUCACUGAAACUGGACAGGUUGAUGCCCCUUUUCAGUAAAUAGUCUCAAACUGCGAGCUGGAGUUCUUUGCCAAUUACUUUAGUACAUAUGCUGCCUGUUCUAAAUAUAUUUUGGAAAAUCAUAGACACAUGUUGACUGCAAGAUAGGUAGCAAAUACAUGCUAAUACAAAUAGAUAUGUGUUGGUAAACCAUAGCAGCUCCAAAGUCAUGGGGACCACACCACAGCACCAUUAAUUUGGAAUAUCUAUUAACCCCUUAAGGACACAUGACAUGCGUGACAUGUCAUGAUUCCCUUUUAUUCCAGAAGUUUGGUCCUUAAGGGGUUAAACAUACAAUAUGAGUGGUAUUACUGUAAUGAUAUCCUUCACUAUGUAAUUAGUGUACACAUCCCUAGGAAAAAGUCUGUUUUAAAAACCGUCUGAUGCCAACUACAUUCCUGUUUGGAGGACUUAGCAUUCUGUCCUUUUUAAUUUUUUUUUUUUUUUUAAAUAGAAUUAAUAUUUAACUUAAAAUUUUGGUGAUGCAAUGGUCUCCUAGCUAUUUUUUCUGAACCUUUGCUCACUGUAUGCAAAUCAAAGCUGUUUCCCAAUAAUUUAUUGCAUAUUUGGCUUGUUAAUCAUUACUCAACAUAAAAUACUCCGGAACAUAGUUGCAUUUUAUGGUCUAACCGGACCUUAAAAGUUGCUCACGUCUCCAGCUUGAGGAACUCAUUUAACACUCAACAUGGUUGAUUUUCUACUCGUUAUGGCUCAGUUUUACACUUGCCAAUGGCUUUUUUUUUUUUUGAUUAUUUUUGGAGAGAGCGGGAGAGAACCAAAUGAAGACAACACAAGUUAUUAUUCACUUUACUGAAUCAGAAUCAGGAUAAAUUUACAGUAGGAUCAAGGUUUCCCCAUUGUGGGACUGAAACGAUGAUUCUAUUGUAAAUGUACACUUAGUCCGCUUCAAUAAAGCAGCAUUAUAUUAAAGACAAACACCUGUGUUGUGCUCUUUUCACUUGGUUCUCUAAAUUGUUUGGCCGGAGCUUAAACACCCAGGCAAGGAUUAUACAGCAGAGACGUUGCUCAAGUUAAUAUAUCAAAUAUGUCUGUGUAGAUAUACUCUCAAGGUUAAUAUAUAUAUAUAUAUAUAUAUAUAUAUACAUACACAUUUAUUUUUUUUGAAGGAAGAAAGGUGCACUCUACGGGUCUUUUCAAUGUGAUUUAUUCAAAUUAUUGCAUAAAUUUUGUCACGGGACAAAUUUGAAUAAAUCACAUUGAAAAGACCUGGAGAGUGUACCCUUCUUCCUUCAACUAUACAUAAACGCGGGUUGCACCAAGGCAAGCUUUCUAAAUGAUAUGUUACAAGGGGUGAGUGCCAAGUAUAUUUUAAAAUAAAUAUGUAUGUAUGUGUAGAUAUAAAUACCAAUAGGCAAAUUAAUGCUUUUCCUAAAUCCUUUGCUGUUAUACUGCAGACAGUUGUGUAGACAUUACAUUUAACACAGCAUUUCCUGUAUAAUCUGCACUGGUUUGUAAUGUAUGUUACAACAUUUUUUGUAGACAGUGCAACUGACAGUAAAGACCUAUUGCAGGCAAGUAAUAUAACUGCUACCUAUUAUUGUAAUAGACUGUGCAGGUGCAGGUGCAGAUCCCCCAGACUGGUAGAAUUCUCUGGCUACCCAAAGCCCACCCCUUUGACUUGGUACAUGAAUUAAGUUCCACCUUUAUCCUCUGCUCCUGAUAUCCAAUGUGUGUUUUAUCAGUUUGGCUCUAUUAUUAUUAUUUUAUUUUAUUUCUGACUGGAAUUUAUUGUUAAUUUAGCUUUUUUUUUUUUACUUCCAGCGUUAGUCUCUCCUAUUAGUCCGGCCAUCAUAAGGCCAUGUAAUACGUCUGACUAUCCUUUCCUAUUGUGCCUUUGGUUAUGUUGCAGCUUUGCCUUUGUGAGAAUCCCUUUUAAUUGUGAGAAAGUGUAUCUCCAAGCACAAUGAUCACAUCAGUGAUUUGAAGUGUUCAUGGUGCCUGGAGUCUGAAUAUGAAGCUCAGCAGAAGCUGGUUUGUCCUGUUACAUAGAAAUUGGUCCAAGGUACUCCUAGCAUCAUAAUAUGUGAAUAUAACCUUUCAGAUGCAUAGCAAGGUCAUGUGGUGCCAGGGCCAACUCCAAAAGGUGAGCCCCAUCAAAAUAGGUUUAUCUGCCACUCACAGGUCAACCACAUCUGGCUCCAUACACACACUUGCUGGUACACACCAACGCACAUGCACACAUUUGUACUGACAGUCACACACACUGCCACAGAGAUACUGUAUCAUACACACUGUGACACAUACAAACACACAUUGUUAACUACACAACACCCAGAAUUAAGCAUACCCCCUGUGGUGGUACAUACCUUAUCGGAGAGCAGGCCGGGGUCAUUAGCUCAAGCGGCUUGAGCACUCCUGCCUUCACACGAACCGAACGGCUCGAUCACUUCUUCUGAGCAGGCCACGUACGCUGACCGUAGCAAAUGGUCACGCUGCCCUCCUCGCACGAAGAACGCAGCUUAGCCUUCCUGUGAAAUUCAUCCAUUUCUGAUUUGCAGUUUAGGUAUUGAAGUUCAAUAAUAGAAACCAGGUACUCUUCUUAAUGAUGGUUGCUUUAUAUUAUUAUUAAAUUAAAAUUAUUUGUCUGUUCCAAUCAUUUGGUUUUAACAUGCCAUUUAACAUCUCAUCUUUGCUCCUAAAUAUUGACACUUAUUUUUGUGUCUAAACCUUGUGACUGUCUGGGCUUUGUACUAUUUCAAAUACCUCUUAUACGUAGUGGUGUUUAGGCACCCAGUUUUUAAAAAUUUUUUUUUUAAAGAUUUUUGAUAAUAGAAUAUAUGAUUGGGUUGUGAUUUGUACUUUCUUCCUUUAUCUUUGAUUACUAUAUUUUGUUUAUUGACCUUUUUAUACUUCCAUGGCUAAUCUCUGAUGAGACUAGGGAUAUUUAGUAGAAAGCUUAUUAUUUGGUUUAAUAUUUCAAUAAUAGAUGUCCUCGAAGGCACAGAAAGAUGUUCUAAGGCUGUUCAAAUAUCAUUGUUACUUUAGUCAUUUAAAAAAGAUUUUUUUUAUGCACUACAUUAUUUUGAUAUACUUUUUUUCCACCUUUUUUGAAGCUUAGUUUAUCUACUGUGCUGUCUAUAGUAAGCACAGCAACAAUUCCUCCUUGACUUUCAUUUAGUUAGCAACUAUAUCUUGAGUAAUUGCUACUAUAACUUUUAAUUUUGAUACUUUGUUGCAAGAGGUUAUCACUCAAUUUGAUGUAGCUGUUUGGCAAUCACUUGUGAUAGCUGUGUGUGCUAUUCAUUUAGAAAUUGUAGUUUUUUUUUAAUUUUAUCUGCUGCUUACUAUUUUACAAACAAACUAAUAAAAGUUGUUUUCAUUUUCCAAGUAACACUUUUUUGCUACACAACACACACUGUUACACAGAAAUGUAAACCCAUAUUAUUACACACCGUUAAAAACUGACACAGAGACUCAUGCAAUUAAAGAGCAGUGGCAGUUUCUCUUUAAACUGGACCUAACUUGCCAGGUUCAACUUUAGGUAUAAUAGUAUCUUACGCAACGGCAUAAUUUAUUAUAAAGAUACAUUUUACACUUGGUUACUUUGGGAGCCGUUAUUUGAUUUGUUAAUGUUACAUUACCUGUUGGAGAGUAGCAAUGUAAUGCCUGUUGGAGGGUUCUCCUGCUCUUCCCUGUCACUCAGUUUGCCAGCUCUACCCUGUUACAAUUCUUCCAGCAUACAGAGAUCUAUGCUCAGGAUAGACUGACAGAUGAGUAAACACCACAUUAUUAAAGAGCAUUAAAUUAAAAAUAUAAAUUUGUUUGCAUUUCUGCUUGCACAACGUAUAGAAUUUUUAAAAUGUUUUUUGGGUAGUGUGGAACUCCCCCCUUCUCCUAUAAUGUAAACGUAUUUCUAAUCCAAAGUGGGGACACACUUCCCACUGCAGUCUGAUCCACAUGGAGUAUAUGCAGCAAUCUCCUUCAAUUAGCCAAUCUAAUGCUUUUAUAGGAGAUAAACUAAAUCUAUUGGACUUAUACAGAAUCAGUGAUCAACACACUUUACUGAAGAAGGUGUUAGUUGGCUGGUAGCCAUUAGUAGACAUGGAAACUUAAAAAUAUAAACAGUGUUUUUUUCUAAAAAAUGACACUGUUUACAGCAACAACUCUGCAGGGGCUGCAAUCAUGCUCACAAAUCACUUUAUUAAGAUGAAGUCAUAUUGGUGCUUAGAGUGUCCCUUUAAAGAAUACAAGUUAUAGAAUGGAAAAGUUAAAAAAAAAUGGGAAAUUGGGGAGAAAUACCAUAAAACAAACACUAUGUAUAUUGUUUUUGAAGAGUAGAUGUUUUUUUUUUUUUACCUUUUACUGUGAGAAUGUAUUUAUAUAUGAAACUUUCAAUAUAUGCAAAUAUGGACCUUUUAGACUAGAAUAUAGCACCUCCACCACAGAUCUAAGUAAAUUCUUGUUGAUUCUAGCAAAGUAAUAGAUGAAGCAUGCCCUUCCUUAUCGCUGUUAUAAACAGAGUUAUUUACUAACACAUACCUGAUUUUCUUUAAGUUUGGCCCUACAUUUAAAAUUAACGUUGAAUGCACCUUGAAUUCUCACUUUAAGGAAAGUUUAAAUUAGUGCACCAUUUUACAUUCACAUUGGAGACCUCAGCGGUUUUACUCCAGAAAACAGAUCUCCAUCUUCCUUACAGGGUUAUUCGAGUGAGAACUGAAAGUGAAGAUCAAAUGUAAGACUGAGAAGAGGAACUGGGUGCUUAGAAUGUUUAGAAUACGUCUAUUUUGACCUUAAAUUUGAAAUUCACAUUGAAUAACUCUGUUACUUUUAAACUCCUUGAAAAUAAUCACAUAUUCAGAGAAGCAUAUAAUUUAUCAUCCCUGUAAAGAACUACACCAUUUCCUGAAAGUCAUCUCACCAAAACUACCUUUUCUGUCUCACCUUAUCAUUUUCCACACUAGCAUCUGUUGCAUAGAUAAAUCUGACAUGUAUCUUAUCUCUCAUAUCUCCAGUUAAUUCCCCCCCCCCCCGUUAGAAUUCUCCCUUCCAUUCAGUCCACACUCCUGUGAUGGUUAAUGUCUGAUCUGAAUCCCAGGAGAAGGGAGAUACUCAACCUUCCAUACAUUGCAAACAAACAAGGUCUGGAUUAAGAUGGCCUGGUGAAAGUAAUCUAAAACACAGACCAACUAACAGCUGGGAAACAGUAUUACAUUAAUGCAUUCAAUGUUAGAUAGCUGAUGUGUCUGAGCUGUUGGGUGUAAGUGAAGAUAUCAUGUGGUCAGGUCCAGCAUGUAGGUUAGGCCAGCUGGCAAAAUAUUAAGGCCCAACAUGCAAUGUAUAUGGGGCUCAAGUGCAGGCACAGGAAAGGCAGGAUGUUGUCAUAGGAAUGGUGGAAAGAUCUAAAGAGGCACCAUACAAGUUGACUGCAUCAUUAUGGUCUUCAUAAAGUGCAUGUGUUGCACGAAAUGCUUAGAUUAUGCUAUUAGCAUGAAGAAAUUAACUUUUUUUUCACUUUAGGGUGUUCUAUUACGAUUUUAAAUUUUGCUAAUAAAAGAUUGAGUUUUUAAGAACUUAAGUGAUCUAUUUUUUCCAGUUGGAGCCAAAACUUCAGGUUAUGGGGUAGAUAGCCAAGAAACUGAUUGUAGCCUGCAAGUAACAUUUUAUUGAAAAACCUGAAGCUUUUCAAAGUAGUACUCUGAGUAUGCCUGCAUAAUUUCUGCACGUGUGGAUCAAUGAUGCAUUAUGUUGAUUGGGAUUUUUUAUUUUUUAUUUUUGUGAUAUGAGCACACCAGUUCAUGUUAUGGUUUUAUUGCUUGUCUGUCUGAUUCUGCCUGCUAUAAUUGACUAUAUACACCCUGUCUACCUGGUACUCACCUUCCCAUUUGUUGCGAUUAUUGGCUGUCCUUUUAAUUAUUAGCACUGCAGUUUCCCUCACCUCCCCGUUAUAAUGAUCCUCUGCAGAUAGGGAGAGUUAAAAAAAGCAUAACCAGAUUUAUGGUCUUUUGCCCAAAAAUCUGAUUGAUUCGGAUGAAAAAUUGUGUGAAUCACCCUCAUUGGCUAACAAACACCAUCUAUUAUUCCAAUGUUUCCUUUUUGGGCAGUAAUUAAGCUGCCCUAAAAGACAAGCCUGCCUAAUGGGCUUUCAUAAGGUGCUUGCACCAGGGGGUGGAGUUGGAAAAACUCCACUUCCCCCAUUACAGCCUCCAUUUUGACUCCAUGUCUGUCCCUUUUAGCUCAUUGAAAUUGUGAUUGAGCAGGAGGUUCUGGGUGAUGUCUUACUUACAGUGAUUAAAUUAUUUUGCAAUGAUUAAACCCCCAAAGUUGUAGUUCAGCCUACACCAGCCACCCUGCUAAUCCAUUUCUUAUACUGUUAUGGGUUAAGGGUAAGUUCAAGGGAAAAACAUUUUACAACAAAGGUAACACAGUGCCUGGACAUUUCUGCCCUAAUAACAAAUUUAACAAGCUGCAAUUGUUAUGGGAUAUGAGUGUUCUUUUAAUGUUCCUCACUGUUGGAGAUCCUUAGCGUUUCUAAUAUUGGCCAGCCUUUACUGGAAAUUUUUAACAAUGACUAUAAGGUAUAGAAAAUAUAUACAACAUGUAUUGUGUGUGUGCACGGAGGUGGGGGGGAGAGGGAGGGGAAGGGGUCAGACAUUAAUUCACACUAUUGACUGCAACAAGAAAAUGUCAAAAAGAUUCUCUCUCCUCGAGAUGUGAGGUUGUUAGAACAGAAAGAAUGCAGGAUUUAAUGUAAAACCUGUUAUUCCAGUUUGUAGCGGUCUCUCGUCGGGUUAUAGUAUCCUACAAACACAGAAAAAAACAAGACGCAUGGCAUUUUUAAUUUUACUUUCAAACAACUCUCAGACUAAGCCAGAGACAGCAAGGUUCAAAGGCAAAGCAAGCCAUAUUUAUCUGGGACCAGAAGAAAAUGAAUGGUUUUUUACCAUGGAACUUCAAAACAAGGUCAGGAAUUGUGUAUGAGAUAUACAGGGGUGCAAAGAGUUCUGGUAUUUCGAUUUAAACAGGGGUUUGAAUAUUAAAGAAGGUUAUUUGUAAUUAUCUUUCUUAACUCGCAAUAUUUAAUAUGCAGCCUUUUGCACAUAGAUUUAUUUUAAAUUAAAGCCUUAAAUAAUAAUUCUGCAGCAUGGAGAUGUUCUUAUGUAAAGAAUUGUAAACAGUAUUUCGAUUUGCACCGUUAGUGUUAUUUUAUUUCUAUUAUAAAGCACCUUUUAAAGCAAUCUAGAAUGCAACAUAGGCUCGUGUGCAAGAUAGAGAAAGCAAAAGUUAGAAAAAACGAUAGGUGCUCUUGCCAAAUUGAAGUAAAUGUUGCUAUUUUUAAAAAACUGACGUGAGUGAAUGAUGAACUAUAUAGAUUUCCUCUAAAGUAGCUGCCAAUUAAAGUCAAAACAAUAACAACAACAAAAAACCCCACAAGAAUAAAACAAGAAAAUAUAUAUUUGCAGGUACUCAGGAUGGGAAAAACAGUAAAAAUAUGUGAUAAUACCCAAUAUGUCUAUAUACAUAUAUUGGAAAAGGGACUCCCUUAAAGGGACACAAUUGUGACCUGGACAACUACAGCUUAAUUAAAAAAGGAGGAGUUAAGGGCUGCGCUAUUAGACAGAGAACAGUACCAUAAAAAUAAGACCAAAUGGUCAAAAUAAACAGCAAACAAUAAACCUGGUUAUUACAGUCUCUAUUACAACACCUUAAAAGAAGUAAGUAAAACAGAGUCCAUCCAAGUGUUCAAUAAAAAAUGUUCAAUAAAAUUCAAUAAAACCGUAUCACUGAUAUAUGGAUAGGGUAUGUGUACAAUCCUCAGGAGUUGAUCCGUCCGGGUUGUAGGUAAUCCGUAUAUGUGAAAAUAAGAAAACAUGAAAAACUGCCAAUGGUGAAAUAUAGUAGCUCCAAAGGUAGAAUAAAUAAAAAGGAGGAUAGUACACUCACAUUUGGUGGAGCUAGGACCAGCUCUAGGAUGAAGGGCACUUAGUGGUAUGAUCCCCACUAAAGGGUGUACUGGAAAAGUGAGUCCGUCCAUCUUUGGUUCCGUCGUACUCCACAAAAUUUAAGAAACAGCAAUAGUGCUCUCAGUAGGAACAAUAAAUAAAAUAGGUAAAAUAAAAUACACUCACAAUGGUAGAGCAGAAAAUACUGCUCUGUUGCCAUAGCGCUGGUGGAAUUAUCCCCACCUAUGGAUUUCUUGAAACAGGAUACAAUAAAAUGCCAGGAAGAAUAAUAAUAAAAGUGUAUAUAAAAUAAAUAAAAGAUUGGUCCUAUAAAGAAGGUAACCAAAAAUUAUUUUUUAUUGCUUUAAAAUACAUAAUAUAAAACCAUUUAACGCGUUUCACCUUUAAGGCUUUAUAUACACAUAUACGCAUUCAAGUAACUGAGGCUUACGUGGAGCCUGGUCACUGGGAAUAAAUAGUUCGAUCCUGCUGUGGCCCAAUAUUUGUGUCAGUGUUUGAUUCAUGGUUUAUGGUUAGUUGGUGUAUGAAGAAGUUCAAAUAGAGAGUUCAUCUCUGACAGCUACUGACCUUGGACAGUCGUUUCAGGGUGCUCAACUAGUAUUUUAACUUGUCUAACUGGACAGAGGGACUUGUGCCUUUGCUGUGUAUUGCAGGAAAGACGAUGGAAAAGGUUAAUUUGUUUUCAUCACAUUUGUAAAGAGACUUCCCUUUACUGGCCAACAUAAAAGACCUUUAAUUUAUCCUUGUUAGUUUGAACUUUAACUAAUGUGUUGGUGUUUAACAAGAUUUUUGCCUGUUUACGUGAAAGCAGUUGGGAGAAUACCCUUCUGAAAAGAUGUGCUAAUUCUGUAAUGUCCACCUUGUUGAACAGGCACAGAAUUUAUAGGGUUAUUACAAACAAAAAAAAACUGCUUUUUUAUGAAACACUUUUUGGUUAGAACAACCUUUGCACUGCUUUUCUGUCCCCUCUCCUCCUAAAAAAAAAAAAAUUCACUUAUUCACCUUACAUUUCCAUUUCAGUUCUUCCUCAGCCCAAUUUACCACACUGAUGUCAAGGAGGGAGGGCUGAGGGGAGGAGAUAAAUACUGCACGUACAGAAUCCAGGUACCCUGACCACUUCAAAUCAGUGUAGUGGUCAUGGUGCUUGGAGUAACCCUUUAACAUUCUGCCACCUCCAUCUAUCUUCUAUACUGUUUACAAAGGUUCAUUUUUUGCUAAUCACUUGUAUUAAAUAUACCUGUUCGUCUUGUGAGACCUUCUCACAUUUCUCAAAAUUCAAUCAGUGUGAAAAAUGUAAGGGCCUGGAAGAGUUUUCUUAGUAGCUUAAGUCUCUGUUUAGUUCCUUGUUCACUGUUAAAAGUGUGCCUCCUACACUCCGAAAUAAUAAACAAAGCAGAGGAAAACAGUGACCGAUCUAAAUAAUAAAAUCUAUAGUUUGCAAUUUAUUCCACACGUAUAGGCAUUAAAACACAUGUAAGGCGGCUUGAAUCAGCAAUCAGAGACUUGCACUUCCGAUCAGCAAUCAAUCUAAACGUUUCGUACAACGUACUUUGACUAGACUGAAUAAUGGAACACUCCUCUCCACCUUAUAUGUCAAAAAAGGGAACACCUGAAGGCAGGCAAAGCACCGCUCUACCUUUUUAAUAAAGACAUGUCCCACAGCUGUUUUGUUACUUAGACUUUCAUUAUUAGAUUUCCUUGUGAUUGUUUUACCCAUUGAUUUUUCUCUGAAUGAAUAUACUCUUGAGGAAAUCCAAAGAAGAAAUACUUUGAGCCUGCAUCAACAGAGUUUGUGAUACGUUGCUGUUUGGCCAGAAUGUAUUGUCUUUCGGUGUUUUUCAGACCAUACUCUGUUUCCUGUCUGUUUAUUAUGCAUAAUUAUUUGAUUGCUGCCUCUAUGGGCUUCCCAGAGUUUUUAAUGCAUUUUUAUAGUAGCAUGUUAGUGUGUGCAAUUUGUAUUUAUCUCCUUUUUUAUUUGUGGCUGAUAGAUCAGAUGAGCAUUGCUACUUUUUAUAUAGAGGUAGAAAUUUGAGAAACUCAAAUUAAUUUUAAAACUCUGUGCUGUUUUCUGGUGAGUUCUUAUCUAUGCAUAUGUUUUUUUGAAUCACACUGUGUGAAGUUUGACUGGACUUUAAUGGCUUUUUUUUUUUUACAUGAGAAAGAAACUGCACUCAGCCAAACAGUUUUCUUCAGAGCCAGGGUGCAGCUGGACCAGGACCCAGCACCCAAAUCUCAAUAAUAUAGGAAAAAACGAAAAGGUCCAGGCACUUCCAAGGUUCUUUUAGUGGCAAUUUUACUAUCAGGUCGAAACGUUGUUCUGGGUUACUGGUUUCCAAUAAAAAUUGCCACUAAAAGGACCUAGGAAGUGCCUGGACCUUUUUUUUUUUUUCUCCUAUUUAAAUGGCGUUUUUGAACUUUUUAGCUAUUUAUAGAGAUGAAUGAUAUAAAAAAAACCUGUUUUGUUUUGUUGCAUCAGCAUUGAUCUCAACAUUAAGGUUAUCGAUUUCUAUUAUUUGAUCUGUGAAAAUGUGCCGUUACGUAUGUGGUUUAUACUCCAAUAUGGGCCAUAAAGCCAGAAAAGGGAAAUUAUACAAAAUAAAAACUUUAUCUUUAAUUAUGUUUAAUGUUUUUACAAUACUAUUUUGUUACUGCAGAUUUUGCAAUAUUUAAAAUAUAUAUUUAAAUAUAGUGACGAUAUUCUCGACCUUGCUAAAGUUGUAUGGAUUGCAAGCAAAGUUAGCGAAGAUGUUUGUUGUGCACAUUCUGCUGUGUUAACCUCUCAACGCUGUUAGGACGUGUCAUUCCUGGGCCACCAUACGGUCUCAAAGGCAACCAAUGGCCCUAAAAACUGAUAUGAGUAAGCUGUUUAUUUGAACUGUAACUUUCCAAAAUCUCAUAAAACCUGUACAUGGGGGGCCUGUUGUACCCGUGGGACAUUACAGCAUACAAGUAUGUGUAUUUUAUUGCAGUAAAGGCUAAUGGUAUUAUAACAUUCACAGUUAAAAUGCCAUGCAGAACUUGGAAAAUAAAAUUUCUUAAUUUUUCAAUCUUUUUUUCAAAUUAGCAGAUGUGCAGUAAAGGAAGGCUGUGCAAGUCACAUGCAGGGGAGGUGUGACUAGGGCUGUAUAAGCUAAGUGAUUUAACUCCUAAGUGGCAGAGAAUUGAGCAGUGAGACUGCAGCGGCAUGAUCUAUACCCCAAAACCGCUUCAUUAAGCUAAAGUUGUUUUGGUGCUUAUAGUGUCCCUUUAAAAAUGAUGGCAUGAUAGGCUUAUAAAUAUUGUCAGGGAUAAUUUCGCACCUAUUUUCUUGUGAAGUAUUCCAUUAAAUAAGAAGUGACAUAUUAAACGUAAUUGUGUUUGUUCAGUUGCUGCACUAAAUUUUCUUCUAUUUUGUUCCUGAGACAUCUGCUGCGCUUGCUUUCUGUUUUUUUUUUUUUGUUUCUUUUUUUAGAUGUCCUCAUCUUUCUGUGCCAGCAUCUCUUUAGUUUCAUGAAAGACGUAAAAUUCUAUUGAGUUAUUAUUUAUUUUCCUUUUUUUUUUUUUGGUGAAAUCUCUAUUUCUCACUUGUAACAAGGGGUAAUCCCUGAAAAUGCAGUGAUUAUACUUUGUGCUCCCACAAUAUAACAUGAAGAAAAGGAUGAAGACCAUAAUAAAUAUUCCUGGUCAGUGUUUAAUUUCACUCCAGUAUUCAAUAGAGUGAGAAUUCACAGUGAAUGAAAAGUGAAUUUAAAAUUUAAGCUCAGAAAUCAGCUAUGCUUUUAGAUCCUCUGUCCACACAAUCUAUGGGGCCCCGGUGCAAAACUGAUCUAUGCCCCCUCCGCCGACAGACACACACACAUCAUACAGACCCACACAUACAGACAUACAUAAUACAGACACACACAGGCACAUACAGACAGAGGGACACACACAUACACACAGACAUAUACAUACACCCACACAAGACACACAUACAUACAAAGACACACAGACACACACACAUACACACAGACAGACACACAUACAUACAGACAGGCACACAGACACAUACACAUACAAACAAAGACACAUAUACAAAAUGUUUGUCACCCUCCUGUUUCCUACCUUUUAGGUGCAGGAGGGUGACCUUCCUUGGGGUCCAGUGGUGGCCCAGGUUGAUGGGAGUCAGAGUUCCCACUGCGACCCUUAUAUGUACGCCACUGUCUGGGGUUUACCCACUUGCUCCACAUGUUCAUUCCCCAUUGGUCUCAAUAUGCCUAGAUUUGAGUGAUAAUGAAGCUCACAUUCCAUUGUUGGUGAUGGGAAAGAGAAGAUAGCAGUUAGAUGUUAAUGUAAAGGUUAAAAUAGUUGGGGUUAUUCACUAAACACCAGAUUUGAGCAAAAUGAGAACAUUUCGACUGCAUUAAUAAUCUUUAUAUUUAUUAAAGUGGAAAAUGUAUUCAUACUUACCGUAAUUUUCUUUUCCUGGCUAUUCUUCAUGGCAGCAUAUACACAUGGGUUAGCUCCUCCCCUACAGCCGAUAGGACAGGAAAACCACCAAGGUUUUAAAAGGAGGCUCCAUCCCAAAGGUCCUCAGUCAGUUUACAAGCUCUACAGUACAUAAAUAGAGACAUUAAUGGGUGGGAAGUAUAUGCUGCCAUGAAUAAUAGCCAGGAAAAGAAAAUUACGGUAAGUAUGAAUACAUUUUCCACUUUCCUGGCUAAUCAUGGCAGCAUAAACACAUGGGGAAUACCCAAGCUUACAAAGGGAGGGACAGAAUAGCCAAUCAAAUAAUCAGAAUAAUUCAAUAUAGAAGAAUGCUGCAACCGCAUGAGAGGAGAGUGCCCUGAUACACUCCAGCACAGGUAGAGAACGGACAUGACAUCCAAAUUGUACCUCAUUCAUUUCUUCAAUGUGCAGGACAAACUACUUCAAAGAGGUCCAAAUGCCAACUUUACAAAGUUUCAGCAGAGACCAUUGCCAUGGAAGCCCACGAGAUGCUGUACCAGCACUAGUGGAGAAUGCCCCAAAAUCCUUUGGUACAGGUAGAGAAUGGCAUUGAAAGGCUCUCACUUUAGGUAGGAUCUCCGGUGCUACAUGCAAGACAACCAUAUCCUGUUGAAAUCCAGUGAAUGGGAGUACAGAGGAUCAAGCCUGGAGUUCACACAUUUACCCUGCUGAGGUCACCAGCAACAGCAACAUCUGAGCCCGUGAGACCAGUGGUACGUCACAUAUUGGUUUCAACACCCUCAGUGGAGGCUUGAGUUCAGUUGUUGCUUACAUGAAGCAAAGCACCAGGGGCAUCAACGCUCAAUGAGUACCCUUCAGUACAGGUAGAAAAUGACAUAGAUCAGCAUUCACUAUAGGCAGGAUCUUCAGGUGCCAAAUGCAAUGACCAUAUCUGUUGAAAAGUAGUGAAAGGGGGUUCAUAGGAUCAAGCCUGGAGUUCACCCAUUUUCCUUGUUUGGGUACCAGCCACCAGCACUUUCUGUGCUACCACCAUGGAAGCUCCUUCUAGAGGUUCUAAUAAUGGUUUAGUCAGGGCCCGUGAGACCAGUGGUACGUCACAUAUUGGCUUCACCACACUCAGUGGAGGCAUGAUUUCAAUCAAUGCUUAUAUGAAGCAAAGUGCAGCUAAGUGCUCCUCUAGAGUGUUAUAACACAGAACCGUUCAAGGCCUGAACGAGGAGAAAUUCCAACAGACAAAAGCAUGUCAAGCUUUGUAAAGCCUGUAUAGAAUUGUGAAAGGAUCUCAAUGACCGUCUCAGGGAUGCCUAAACUAAUAUGGGCUCCCGCAUCAACACCAGAACUUGAGGAUCCUGGUGUGUCAAAGGGCCUUGUAAUAGGUCUGGAUGUACUGGAAUUUCCUUUGGAGGUUCCAGAAUCAUUUUAUCCAUCAUAGGAAUUAGAGUCGACACGGUCUUCCACUGUCACCUUUUGCAUUGCCUUUAUGGAAAGUCGAAAACAGGAAAAUAUGUACAUCAGACUAAAAUCCUAAAUUUGAGUCAGUGUAUCCUGAACCUGAGCAUUCUGGUCCUAGCAUGUAGAAAAUACUUCUGGACCUGGUAGUUCCAAGAAAUGGCCAUCAGAUCUAUGUAGGGUAUCAGACAAAUCUGCGUCAACCCCGAGGAUACGUCGGAGCAUGGUUGCCAAUCCAUCUUGUCCACAGUUAUUCGGCUCAAGCAAACAGCCAUUGUAUUCUGAGCCCCUGGUUGUUCUUCUGUGCCCUGAUCAUUAUGGGCUGGAAUUCCAUCAAUACGUAUAUGUGAGACCCAUCUUGAUAGAUAUAGGAUACAGUUGCAUUGAUAUUUGAGCAAAUUUGGACCCACUCGUUCUUCAGCAAGCCUCUGAAGUGAAGAAGAGCCUUGAAAAUGACUCGUAAUUCCAUACAAAUUAAUGGAAAUAUUGUGCAACAUGGUUCAAACACUGUGCAACCAAUGUUAUAAAAACUGUAAUUCGAGCUAAUAAUUGACCAAUGAGGUUCUGUUCACUGGAAACAGAUGUAAUCCCUCUUUUCAGCUAUCAGGUAAGGUGUAACUCCACUGAUGGGGACAUAGUCAGUGGCUGGCUCCAAUAAUCUUUCUCUUGUUAGACCAAGAUAGGAAGGGUCUGUGAGGAAUCCAGAGAUGCCAUUGGGCCCAAAUGACAAGUCUGCUGGUGGAAGCCAGGAUUCCUAGUAGUUGCAUCUAUUUUCUUGCUGUUACCAAGCAGAAAUGAAGAAACUGAGAGAGAAAACCUUCACAAUCUGAGGAACUGUUCCUGAGAUAGGGAAUAGCAGAGCAUAGAAUUUUCCACUCGGGAAUGUCAACCACUGAGCUGGUGUGAAACUGCUUUUCUUCAUAUUCAUCAAGCAGCCAAACUUUAGGAGUUAUGAAAGAGCUAUAUACCUCUGUGUGCCUGCCUUCUGAGGGUCUAAGGCUAUCAGAAGUAGAUGCUCCAGACCUCACAUAUAAAGAUUCUAUAGGGCACUAACUUGGAAGUUCUCUUCUGAGCUAAUGCCCAAGAUCUCUGCAGAUUGGACUGAAAGUAAGCAUCCUUGAGAGAUAUAGAGGUAAGGAAAUUAUCCUUCCAAAUUGCUUGAGAUAUGGAUCUGAUUGACUCCAUCCCGAAGAUUCUGACAUUCAGCCUCUUGUUGGCCCCUCUUCGGUCCAGUGUAGGCUUCCAUGUGCUUUUCCUCUUAGCACCAGAAGAGAGGCGAAACUUGUCCCUGGAACUGCUCUUGUUCUGGGACCUAAAAAAAAAUCACCUCUUCGUCCAGAAGGCUUCUUCCUUCAGUGCUUUACCUUUUGAUUCUUGGUCUAAAUACUCCUCUUGGUAUGGAGACUCCUGUGCCUGAAGAAAAAACUCCAGUCUAUAUCAAUCUGGACUAUGGAUACCACUCAAGCCUCCAGAGUAUGACGAGCCCAGGUAUGUGUGAUCAGAAAAAUUAGGCUCCUAGUACUGGAGGAGACAUGUUCAGUGCUGAAGAGCAAAACGUCUGCUUAAUAGCUCCAUUAGAACCUUGAAAGGCAGGUUUACCAAUUGCCAUGAGUUACCUCUGGAGUAUUCCUUGCAGGGUCAGUAGCUCCAUGUAUCUCAGAAAUACUGGUCACUGGAGGUUCUCCGGUCAGAUUAUGAGGAGCUGGGAUCCUUGGAACUUCCGUCCUGAGGUACAAAUAUCUUGCAGCCCUCAUUUGCCUUUUCAAUGGAAUUAUCCAAAGUUUUCCCAAACAGCACCACCCCUUCAAAUAGAUGGUACAGAGGAAAGACUUGGAGGAUGAGUCAUCCAUCCGAGAAACAGAAACAUAAUGCUUUCUUAGCUGCUAUAGAUAAAGCCAUUUGAUCCAAAGAAUAUCCGAGUUAGAUCUAGGGAAGUUUCUGUGAAGAAGUCAGUUGUAACCUGAAGACUUCAGACUGCCUCUUCAAUCUUGAGUUUUAAUAUCUCUCUCCAUAGUUACCUUUAGAUCUUUAAUCACAUAUUUCAUGUUUGUAGAAACAAAAGCGGAAGUCACAGCUGGCUGGCCUCCUGCAAUGGUAGGCGUAAAAUCUUGGACAGGUCUGUGUCCACCUAUGAUCCAUAAGUUUGCAACUUAGGUGGUGUAGUUCUGGGCUUGGAAAUAACUUCCUCCACAGGGUAAAGCCUGGCCUCUUUUCUUACCCCUAAGGCCUCUGGAACUUACUUUGUAAGCCCUGCCCGCAUGUCAUGUGGCUGCACAGUGACAGGUCAUGCUGAAGCGACAACCUUCUGGAGGCAGUCCGUGCAUAACCGAUUCCUUCCACUGUACUGCAGUUUCCAAUGACUUGCGGUAUUACAUGCAACAGUAUUAAAUGCAAAUUUAAAUGAAACAGUUUUAAAUGCCACACAGCUUAAAAGCAACACAGUUUAAAUGCUUCCUAUUAAAAGCACAAACGCAUAAUGUACCACAAUCUUAAAAAUAAGGUACAGCUGUAUAAUGCACUAGUUUAAAGAUAUCAAAGCUUAAAUGCAUCACAGCAUAAAAGCACAACUGCAUAAUGUACUACCAUAAAACAGGCAAAUAAAGUAAUGAAGAUAAAAAAACCAUACAUGUCCGUAAGUAAAGCGAGCAAAUUGCUCACAUCCUAAGGGCUGUAGGACAGGAAAAAGACUGAGGACCUUAGGGAUGGAGCCUCCUUUUAAAACCUUGGUGUUUUUCCUGUCCUAUCGGCUGUAAGGGGAGAUGCUAACCCAUGUGUAUAUGCUGCCAUGAUUAGCCAGGAAAGCCAAAUAUGGUCAGAAGUCAAUCUCACCGAGCAAAUUUGUAGCAAUUGUCUGGCUGCCUAGUCGCUAGUUUUAAAUGUUAAGUAGAUAUGCCCUGACAAGGUAGAAUACAUCCAUAUUAGUAAUAUAGGUGUCUUUUCGACACCCACAUUAUUUUUUAUUUUUGCUCUAAACGUUUUUUUAAUGUGGUGGCUUGCUAGUAUGCACUGGCCAGCCGCCGCAUAAUUAACCCAUAAUUGCACCGCCAACGGCUUUUAACUAAUUGCGCAGUGGCUGCGCUGCAAGUGUUUUUAAUUUCGUGCAUGGACUUGCACAAUUCAGAGUAUGAAAUGCAAAAUACGGACAUUGUUAAAUAGCGUGACCAAUGCUCGGAUUUGGCGGUUUGAAUGGAAGCAAAACCAUCCGGCUGCAUACAGGGUCAUUCAUACCACAAAAUCCGAGCACUGUUUGUGCUAUUUAACAAUGUCUAUAACCAUAGGCGUGCGCACGGGGUGUGCCGGGUGUGCCUGGGCACACCCUAAUCCCCGUGGCACGCCUAUGGUUUGAGUCCUGCAGGAACAGCGUUCCUGCACUUUGUUUGAGCAGGAACGCCGUUCCUGCAGGCACUCAGCGCCCCCCGUCUCACCUCUUGCCCCUGUCAUGGGGGGGGGCAAGAGGUGAUGGUGAUGGAUUACCCCCCGCUCCAGCUCAGCGCGCGGCAAGGGAGCUCUCUGCUGUCUGCUGUCUGCUGUCUGCUCCCUCUCGCCGCGCGCUGAUGGGAGCAGAGAGCAGAGAGCUGAGCUGGAGAAAGGCGCCCGCCCCCACUGGACCCCAGGGACAAGUCCACCAGCACUCCAGGUAGGAGGCUGGAUGGACAUUGCUUUUUAUUAAAAUAUAAUAAUUUGUUCUUGUGUGUGUGAGUGUGUGUCUGUGUGUGUGAGUUUGUCUGUGUGUCUGUGUGUGUGAGUGUGUCUGUGAAUGUGUGUGAGUGUGUCUGUGUGUGUCUUUGUGUCUGUGUGUGUGUGUCUGUAUUUGUGUGUGUGUCUGUGAGUGUGUGUGUGUACGCAUAUAUAUACACACACACAGAGCCGGCGUUAUCUGAGUGCCGGCUCUGCUCUAAGCCUCCAUGGGCCGGCGGGGAGACCAAAGAUCUACCUCACCGGCCCACAGCAGCAUGGAGGGAGGCAGGAGAGGACCCAGGGAGCUCUAGACAGAAGCUCUGCCAGGUUCCUCUCGCGAUAUCUGAGCAUUGCUGCGGCAACGCUCAGAUCUCGCGCGAGUUAACUCCCUCCAAACAUACAGCACACACACAUACAGCACCUACACACAUACAGCUCACACACACACAGUACACUAACCGCACCCUCACAAACACACAUAGCACCUUUAAAAAAAACAACACCGUCACACACAGCACACUAACAGCACCCUCACAAAUACACGACACUCACACAAACAGCACCCUCACAGGACAAACAUACACACACAAACACCCUCACACACAAACAGCACAGUCACAAACACACACACACACACACACACACACAAAUACCCUCACAUCACACUAACAGCACCCUCACACACACAUCACACUAACAGCACACACAGCAGUGUAUGUGUGUGUGUGUAUGUAUCUAUAUAUAUAUAGAUACACACACACACACACACACACACGGCGGGUGUUUGUGCUUUAGGGUGCACACCCUAAUGCAAUAGGCUGCGCACGCCUAUGUCUAUAACACCACAUGUGUGUGUGUGAUGCACACAUUUCAUAUCAUUUUACCUAAAUGCUCCUUGUUUAAAUAUGUUUUAUAUCAGAAAUAGUAGGAACUCACACAGCACUUCAUUGUAUUACAUAGACUCCGUCUUUAUCUUCAAGCUCCCACCUUUGGAUUCCGGAAGGUAUAGGGAAUCCCAGACGGAAUUCUAUGUAUAUCUUUUUUUACUCUGUUUUCCUUUUAAAUAAACAUUAUUCAUGCAUAUUAUUAUAUGGCCAUAAACCAACUUUUAUUCCAUAUGUAAGACAUUCCGUAUCUAAUAUGGUAUUUGAGCAUGAGAAUGUAUUUUCUGAAUGGAUAUUAUAACUUUUUUUUUUAUUGGUAACCGUGUGGUAAUCUCUUUGUCCUCAGGUGUUUCACAUCUAUUUAAAUAUACACUAUUAGGCGUGGGCAGCUCUAUACUGCUAUGUAAGCAGGGGAGCUCUGUGUUUUUAUAGCUGACAAUGUACUACCAGUAGAAUUACUGGAACAAGAGAAAGGAACUUGUGUCGUUUUGUACUUAAGGAGUUUAUCUCAGAAUAAAUAUGAAGAGGAAAUCCUUUACUGUUAUCAGAGUCUGCACUCUGUCUUUUGGGUGCAAAUUCAUCCUUGAAUUUAUUUUUGAAUAAUAUUGGCCCACGUCAGUUUACACAGAAUUUUAUGCAAUGUACUUAAGGGUGAUGCUUUUGUUAAAUGGAAUUGGAAAAGGAAUUGUUCAGAAGUAUUUUGAAAGAAAAGGGAAGUAACCUUAUGACUAAAGCAUUUCAUAGAGCAGUCUUUGUUCUCCCCCUCCUACUAUUGAAAAGUUUAUUACAUGUAAUAGGGGUUAUGGGAGCUGUGUGUCUCAUGACAUUUCCAUUGUACGGUUGCAUUGUGGAAAUUUGUGUCAGGGGAGAUAUUUGUCAGUGACAGUUGCACUACAUAGCCAGCAACUGCAACUAAGCAAACCACAAAAAAACUAAACAAAACAAAAACCUUAAAGUUGCAUUUUUUUUCAGUUUUCUUUCUUUAUGCUCCUUGUAUCUUAAUUAUUAUACUUCUCUCUUUGUCACUUGCCAUUAUACUUGCUAUCUUUUCUUCCUUGCACCUGAUUGUAAUAACUGUGCGCCUCCAUUUUGUUCUCCUCUGUCCUUGAGGUCUGCAAUUUGCCCUACUAUUGUGUUCUCAUGACUGAUGGGUUUUGUGUAACCCCUUAAGGACACGACAUGUGUGACAUGUCAUGAUUCCCUUUUAUUCCAGAAGUUUGGUCCUUAAGGGGUUAAGUUAGCUUGGCAACUUUAAGGCCCACCCAUUGCCAAAAUUUGCCAAAGCCCACGCUCCCAGGCUGCUUCUUAUGUCGAACUAAAAAAAACUGAUAUUUGAAAAAAAUAAAAACAGAGAAAAAGAGGGACAAACUAGGAUUAAAGGGACACUAUAGUCACCAGGACAACUACAGUUUAUUCAAUUUGUUCUGGUGUGUAGAAUCAUUACCUUCAGGCUUUUUGCUAUAAACACUGUCUUUACAAUGAAUAUGCAGUGUUUACAUUACAGCCUAGUGAUAACUUCACUGGCCACUCCUCAGAUGGCUGUUAGAGAUCCUUCCUGGGUCAUGGCUGCCUAAAAUGCAUCCAAACAUUCAGUCUCUCCUCCCUCUGCAUGCAGACACUGAACUUUCCUCAUAGAGAUACAUUGAUUCAAUUCAUCUCUGUGAGGAGAUGCUGAUUGGCCAGGGCUGUGUUUGAAUCAUGCUGGCUCUGCCCCUGAUCUACCUCCUUGUCAGUCUCAGCCAAUCCUAUGGGGAAGCACUGUGAUUGGAUCAGGCCACCACUUCUGAUGAUGUCAGCAGACUGCUUGUUUUUUUUUUUUUUUUUUAGGCAAACAGCAUGCAGAGUUACAGCUUCUGGCUUGAAUACAGUAAGAUGUUGCUAUAUUUAUGGAGGCAUGAGGGGCCCAGGGGGGCUAGAUGGUGGUGUUAACACUAUAGGGUCAGGAAUAUGUUUGUGUUCCUGACGCUAUAGUGAUCCUUUAAUUUGACAGCAAAGCUUGCAAAGUGACAAAGUUGCUUCAAUAAUUUCUCCAGUGGCAUUUUUGAGUUACUUUAUAUUUGUUAUAAACUCCAGAAAAAUUAAUACACAGUCAUCUGUCUGGUUUUCUAACUAUAACGUAACCGUUACCAAGAGCACUUACAUUAGUUUUGUCAGCAGAUUCUUGUUUUAUUACUCAGUUGUGUGUGUGUGUGUCUGAUACUUGUACAAAUGAAUAGAAAUUGCACAAGGGUUUGUAUGACCUAUUUAAUUGGACCAUAAAAAUUCAACGGUUCAGGAGCAUAAUUGUCUGCAGUUGGUAGGCAGUGGCUUAACCACCUUGGCUGCGACCGGGCUGUUACUCCAGGGGGUCUGGCCACACUGUUGACCCCUGCAACCGAUACACAUAGAGGGACUAGGGAGUAUAAUGAGACACAUGGUGGGAUUGGGGGGAUGAGACGCAUGAAGGAGGUGGGGGGAAAAUGAGACACAUGGAGGGGCUGGAAGAGAUGAAGAGACACAUGGAGGGGAUGGGUGGAGAAUGAGAUGGAGGAUGAUGAAACAUGUGGGGGUGGGAGGAGGCAGAAUAUUUUUUUGCAUGGGGGGUGUUGGUUUUUAGUUAUGCCUUUGGUGGGUCUGCAGUCUGAAGUCAGGCAAGAAGCAAGCUACAGGUUAAUUCCAAAACUUGAUGAGCAGCAUUUUAGACACCUUUACUUGAAAUGGUUGAUUAAUGUUGUAAUGUGUAAGAAGAGUAGUAAAAAAAAAAGAAAAAAAAAUGUGGUUCAGAAACAUAGAAUGUGACGGCAGAUAAGAACCAUUCGGCCCAUCUAGUCUGCCCAAUUUUCUAAAUACUUUCAUUAGUCCCUAGCCUUAUCUUAUAGUUAGGAUAGCCUUAUGCCUAUCCCACGCAUACUUAAACUCCUUUACUGUGUUAACCUCUACCACUUCAGCUGGAAGGCUAUUCCAUGCAUCCACUCCCCUCUCAGUAAAGUAAUACUUCCUGAUAUUAUUUUUAAACCUUUGCACCUCUAAUUUAAGACUAUGUCCUCUUGUUGUGGUAGUUUUUAUUCUUUUAAAUAUAGUCUCCUCCUUUACUGUGUUGAUUCCCUUUAUAUAUUUAAAUGUUUCUAUCAUAUCCCCCCUGUCUCGUCUUUCCUCCAAGCUAUACAUGUUAAGAUCCUUUAACCUUUCCUGGUAAGUUUUAUCCUGCAAUCCAUGAACCAGUUUAGUAGCCCUUCUCUGAACCCUCUCUAAGGAAUCAAUAUCCUUCUGAAGAUACGGUCUCCAGUACUGUGUACAAUACUCCAAGUGAGGUCUCACCAGUGUUCUGUAUAAUGGCAUGAGCACUUCCUCUUUCUACUGCUAAUACCUCUCCCUAUACAACCAAGCAUUCUGCUAGCAUUUCCUGCUGCUCUAUUACAUUGUCUGCCUACCUUAAGUCAUCAGAAAUAAUCACCCCUAAAUCCCUUUCCUCAGAUGUUGAGGUUAGGACUCUAUCAAAUAUUCUGUACUCUGCCCUUGGGUUUUUACGUCCAAGAUGCAUUAUCUUGCACUUAUCCACAUUAAAAUGUCAGUUGCCACAAUUCUGACCAUUUUUCUAGUUUACCUAAAUCAUUUGUCAUUUGACUUAUCCCUCCUGGAACAUCAACCCUGUUACAUAUCUUAGUAUCAUCAGCAAAAAGACAUACCUUACCAUCAAGACCUUCUGCAAUAUCACUAAUAAAAAGAGAAUAGGUCCAAGUACAGAUUCCUGAGGUACCCCACUGGUGACAAGUCCAAGCUUCGAAUAUAUUCCAUUAACUACAACCAUCUGUUGCCUGUCACUCAACCACUGCCUUACCCAUUCAACAAUAUUGGAAUCCAAACUUAAAGAUUUAUAAGCCUUCUAUGUUCAACAGUGUCAAAAGCCUUACUGAAAUCUAGGUAAGCAAUGUCUACUGCACCACCCUGAUCUAUAAUUUUAGUUACCCAAUCAAAAAAAUCAAUAAGAUUAGUUUGACAUGAUCUCCCUGAAGUAAACCCAUGUUGUCUCUGAUCUUGAAAUCCAUGUGUUUUUAGAUGUUCAACAAUCCUAUCCUUUAACAUGGUUUCCAUCACUUUCCCCACUACUGAAGUAAGGCUUACUCUUACAGAAGGGAUAGAUGUGAGACAAUGCGGGAAAAAGAGUUCUGAAACAUGUGCGGGCAGUGUAAAAAAUCAUAGUGAACAAACAAAAGACUUAUUAUAAUUGAAGUUUAUGAGAAUUAAAGGACCACUAUAGUGCCAGCAAAACAUACUCAUUUUCCUGGCCCCUCACCCUCUGGGUCCCCCUCCUGCUGGGGAGGAAGGGCUUAAUCCCUUACCUUUUUUCCAGCGCCGGGCUCCCUCGGCGCUAGAGAGUCUUCUCCUUCUUCUGCCGUCAUCGGCUGAAUGCGCAUGUGCGGCAUAAGCCGCGCGCGCAUUCAGCCAGUCUCAUAGGAAAGCAUUCUCAAUGCUUUCCUAUGGACGGUGGCGUCUUUUCACUGUGAAAAUCACAGUGAGAAGCGCAGAAGCGCCUCUAGCGGCUGUCAAUGAGACAGCCACUAGAGGCUGGAUUAACCCAUAGGUAAACAUAGCAGUUUCUCUGAAACUGCUAUGUUUACAGCAGAAAGGGUUAAUCCUAGAGGGACCUGGCACCCAGACCACUUCAUUAAGCUGAAGUGGUCUGCGUGCCUAUAGUGGUCCUUUAAGCUUAUAGGUUACUGUGCAUAAAAGAGCACUAGAAAGAGUAAAACUGUAGUCUCAUGUGAACUCAAGAGAUAGUUUCUCAGCCGUGGUGUGGUAUGAAUGCCCGUGAGUAAUUAUGGGGUGUGUAGCUCUAUAUGGGAGGUGUUAAAGAAAAUAUUGUUUAUUAAAAUAAUGCAUUCACAUCAAGCAAAAGUAUACUUUGGAAACCAAGAGACCACUUAGAGGCCUCUGGAAUAGUUUGAGAAAAGAAAUAGGGCUCUCAUAGCACCCAUAGCUUGACACCUUUUUAUCUGUUCUGACAAGGCGCAACUUACACAUCCACACUAUCACUGUUGAUCUCUUAUUUAAUCAGUGUUUUGCGGCUCAUGAAUAAUGAUGUACAAUCUGAGAAGUGGUAAACUAUAUUUUUUUUCUAAGCUUUUUCUUGUUUUUUUUUCUUGUAUAUUUUAUUUAAAUGUUUUUCUUGAAUUCUUACAGAAAUUACUUCCCGUUUCCAGAUAUGAAAGACAGUUUUGUUAUGGUUGCCAACUUGCCAUGGAGCAAUUAAACUUAUACCUAAUACUGAUGUGUAUGCAUGUAUAUAUAUAUAAUUUAUAUUUACAUACACGCCAAAAGCCGUUCUAUAAAAACGUUGUUUUACGUCCUAUGUUGCCUUGAGCAGUGGGUCCCAAGUAUCAAGGUACACUGUAUGUUAGGUUGAUUAUGAAUGCACCUUGGAACAGGACUGUGAUGUCCCUUAAUUCUAAACCACACGGUGAAAGCACCAUAACCACUACAGCUCAUUAUCAAGAGCGAUUUAAACAAACUAGGCUGAUAGUGCUGGGGCAGAUAUCGGCUAAAAUUAGACAAUUUCACUUAUGCUAAGUUAUAUUUAAAUAAUGCAGUAACUUAGAUUAAAUCCUUAAAAACAUAAAAAUAAUAUCACAACAAUCAUGUUCAACAAACAAAACCAGACAGAAGGCUUGUGAUUUAAAAGCACAUUUUCUAAAAAUGAAAGCAAUUCAUUAUACAGGAUGAUGCCUAAUUAGAUGAUGUUAUUCAGCAUAUUAAUAAAGAUACAUGUAGGACAAUUUUUCAGCGGCGUGGAAAAAAUCCGUUAUAUUAACAUAAAUAUCUUAACUUUUUGGGUAAAAUUGUAGGGAAUUCUUAAGGGAUUUUCCUGUAACAUGAAUGCAUGUGUUUUUUGUUUUUUUUUGUUAAUAAUGCAGCAAAUCACACAAAUCAAAAAAUAAAGCAAUCACUCCUUCCGUUGCAUCCCAAUAAAUAUGGAAUUGAAUCAAUGGAUUCUAGUAAACAUUGCCUAAAGAACAAUUAAAAGUUUUGGCACUAGUUUUCUCCUUGCUCCCACCAAGCAUUUCGAACAUCUCGGGGACUCUGUGAACUUGUCAUAUUGUAGAUGUUGCUAAUUGUGAGGAUAAAGAUGAUGUUUAAUCACCAUCAAGAAAAAAAAAAAAAAGAAAAAAAAAAUAUAUAUAUAUAUAUAUCUACAUUUCUUCUGACAUUUUUGAAAAAAUUUUUUGGGGAGGGGUGCUUUGGCACGUUUGUUUCUUUCUCUUCUAGAGUUAGAUGUUAAAAAUUUAUAGAAGAAUUAUAGGAUGGUGCACAUUAGAUAUAGGUUAUGUCACAAACUCUGCUCUGUAUGGAUGCCGCCCUGGCACACAUGAUAACGAUGUGCAUCAUCCUGGCAUAAUUAAUGACUCGGACCAUUCCAGUCCUUUUUAAAUUUAUACUUCCUCUGACUUGUGCCAUUUUUUGGAGCCAUAGCGGUCCACAUCAUUUUAGUGAUUUAAUGCACUCUUAUAUUUUGGUAUCAUUAUUAACACCAGUCAACGGUGUACUUUUUGGCAAUAUUGAUGACCAUGACACAAUUUGCUAAGUAUCCUGUUGUGGUCUUACCUACCCAAGAAAGUUAGUGGUUAUUAGUGGUUGUUUAAGUUUUUUACGUGUCCAUGCUUCUGGAUUAUCUGACAUCUAAUUUAUUUGUUCUUUGUAUUUUUAAUGCUUGUGUCUACCUCUGUAACCCUCAACCCAGUAAUGGGGCAAACUGAUUUGAGACCUCUUAUCUGGUCCUGCUGGUCACUAAGUGUCCAUGCUUGUUGGCUAUGAUGCUGAUCUUGCUGGCCAUAUUUUGGUUGAGACCAACAGCUGAACGCUAUUAUCCAAUUAUUGCAGUAUUGCAGAAUUUAAAUUAGCUGACGCCUGAAUGAUACUUUUUCCUCCUGUGGCAGCAAUGGCUAUAGUUAGGGGGACCAGAUCCACUAUGUUUUCGGGGUCACAUAUAAUUUUAUCAUAUUCAUGAAAACGCAUGAAAAGGGUCGCCCUGCCUUAUGCAUAAUACAUAUUCUGCAGGAUUCUUCAUUGCCUAUACAUGUAUUAAUUGCCUAAUUAUAUGCCUUCUUUGGAAUUCUACAUACUACAAGGCAACCCUUUUCAUGUGUUGCCCAUCAAUAUGUAUAUGUGAUAUGUGUCCCUGAAAACACAGUGGAUAUGGUUUCUCUAGCUAUAGCAUCAAUCAUCUAAAUAGAACAAAAGUUACCCGUGGACUCUCCCCAAUCCUUUUGCACAUUUAAAUAGCAAGGUUUUUAGUAAUGCUGUAAUGGACAUAAAAGUGUAAGUUCACCUACAGCGGCAAAGAAAACCUUUUGCUGUAUUCAAUUAAAAGGCAAAGUCUGUAACAAUACAGAAAGGGGUAUUUUUAAAUGAAUUCCUACACACUUAAGCUGUCAGUCUAUCAAUGCAAUCCAGGUUGGACAAAACUAACCUUAAAGGACCACUAUAGUGCCAGGAAAACAUACUUGUUUUCCUGGAACUAUAGUGCCCUGAGGGUGCCCCCACCCUCAGGGUCCCCCUCUCACCAGCCUCUGGGGGGAGGAAGGGGUUAAACUUACCUCUUUCCCAAGCGCUGGGUGGGGAGCUCUCCUCCUCUCCGCCUCCUCUCCUCCUCUUCGGCUGAAUGCGCAUGCGCGGCAGGAGCCGCGCGCGCAUUCAGCCAGUCCAUAGGAAAGCAUUCUCAAUGCUUUCCUAUGGACUCUGGCGUCUUCUCACUGUGAAAAUCACAGUGAGAAAUGCGGAAGCCCUCUAGCGACUGUCAAUGAGACAGCCACUAGAGGCUGGAUUAACCCUAAUAUAAACAUAGCAGUUUCUCUGAAACUGCUAUGUUUAUAGAAAAAAGGGUUAAACCUAGCUGGACCAGGCACCCAGACCACUUCAUUAAGCUGAAGUGGUCUGGGUGCCUAUAGUGGUCCUUUAAUAAUGCUGCAGUGUAAAUUCCUGUUUACUCCUAUAAGCCGUAUUGGCCUUGAUUUGAUGUUGUUGCAUUAACUUUCUAUAUGACUUUAUAUUUUUUGGACAAACUUUAAAAUACAUUUUUUUUUCAAGCUUUUCAAAGUAUUUUUUUUUCAAAAUAUUAAGUUAUCAAAAAGAUAUUGUAUAUAAAGAUACAAUAUAUAUAUAAAAAAAAUCUAAAUAUUACAAAAUUAAAAUAUUUUUAAUAAUUUUAAAAAUUUAUUGAAAAAUAAUAAAUAAUUUGGAAAGCUUAUCAAACAAUAUUUAAGUGAGGCCAUAAUGUUUCAAUGCAUUCAAUAUUCACCUUGCCCUUGUACAUACUUGCCAUCAGUACCAAUAUCAACAGAACCGUUCAGAUUUUGGACACGUCCUGUCAUCCAGAGUUUUUGUCUAGUGUCCUUCUUCUGGGGAUACCAGGGCAAAUUCUGCCUUCUCUCGAUUCCAUGGACAUUUAUGGUUUUAUGAAGAUCACUGUCAUUUGUUUUGCGAGAAAGGCAGUCUCUGAUAAAUUGGUUCAAUGGCAUCCAAUUUGCAGAACUGACACCCUAUAUCUCAUUGGUCUGAUCUCCCUGAAGAAACUAAUUCAAAUGUACUUAUUUAAAAGGACACGCCAGGCACCAAAAUAACUUUUUUUAAAUGCAGUUGUUAUGGUACCAGGAGGCCCCUGUAGGCACUGUUACCUCAAGGAACGUUUCUUAAAAGGGGAGUCACUGGUUGGCUUGGAGCAUCAGCUGUUCGUUCUCAGUCAAUCAGCAGCGUACCUACCUGGCGGCACUCUGCGCUUCCUGAAUCUAAAAGUUCUGAAGCUGAAAGCCGCCGGGGGUGAGUGGACUUGUGUCACGUUUCUGUGUGUUUUGGAAAAUGAAUGGAAUUUAAAUGCUGGUAAUCUUUGAUCAACAGCAUAAAUAAUUGCUGAUUAAGAAUACACAUUCAUAUUGUGAUUAAAUGCAAUAUUGAUUCUCUUUCAGUUUCCAGGAUUUAUUAUUCAAUGGCAGGGAAACAAGUGACCAGGAAAAGGAAAUGAAUUCAGAAAUUAUCCUUGAACAGAUUCUUAUAAAAAGGUCACAGCAGAAAAAGAGGACUUCUCCCCUAAACUACAAGGAAAGAAAUUUUGUGCUAACAAAGUCAAGGCUUACCUACUACGAAGGACGCCCUGAGGUAUGGGAUAUUUACAUGUGUUUUUCUGUAAUAAUAUGGACAGUACGAAAUCUAUUUGGGUUAUUGAUUAUUAUGACUUCAAUUUAAUAUAAAUAUAAAUUCCCCAGGAUCCAAUGUAGUCAGGGGAGAGCUGACAAAUGUUUCCUCUCUCCCACCCCAUUAAAUAUACCAGGUAUAAGUCAUAUAAGUAACUGUUUGUUUUCUCCACUCCUGAGACAUUGACAUGGAGGUAAUUUAUUACCAAGCAGAACGUUGGGCACACCUACUAAGGCAAGAAAGAAUAGUCAGAGCGUGUUGCCAGUAUUUAGGAUUGGCAGGGCUCAACAUAGAGUGACAGAUAUAUCUAGGCUUACAGACAUACAAGGUCAAGAAGCUAGCCAAGGUUUGGGAUUAUAGAAUUACAUAAGGUUAGGAAACUAGUCAAGGUCAAAAUGUCAGAAAAUUAGACAAAACAAGAACAUGCUAUCGUGUAUUAAACAUAAACUAUAACAGGGUAAGUAUGACUCAUGUGAGUGUGCAUCAAAAUUGACGCUGGGGUUAGCGACAACAUAAAAUGAUGCUGGGAAGAAGCACCUCGGAUGAAGACAAGGUAAAAAAAAUGGCCAAGGGGAGGUGCAGGUACCUUUAUGUUAACAUAAUACAAUUCUGAAUUCCCCCUCCCCUCUGAUGUUCAUACAGACAACAUGACAAAUGCAGUAUGACCAGGGGCUGUCAACGCACUUUAUCCUAAGUGACCACCUAUCAAUAUUAUACAAAGAGCUGGAUUACCCAUAAGGCAGCAUAGGUUGCUCUCUAGACCGUGGAGCUCUGGCACUGACUGUGAGGGGCCCUUCUUGAGCUGGCAGGGAGAACAAAAGCUAUCCCUGCUUGGCCCUGUGUCUCCUCAACUGCUCAAGGGAGCUUUAUGGUCUGCACCUCUAUUAGGUGCAGGGAGCUCUUACAGUGAUAUUUCCCCAGUCAACCACCAGGGAAGGUGCUACAAUGGACCAACAGGCAUCUUUUAAAACAAAUGGCCUCUACUGGAACACUAGAGAUUAUACCCCCUCCUGUAAAAUUGUGUACUCAGGAGAGGGCAUUGGUAAAUCGUGCCCACACACACAUUCAGACACUACAUCGAUCAUCAACACACAGGACAUAGCCCAGGUCUCUCGGAGGGGACCUCAAUCUUGUAACCUGUCUUGA